GUUUUAGUUUGGAUUUGUGGCUCACCUCCUCCUCCUCCUCCUCUUCUUCUUCUUCUUCUUCUUCCGUUCACCUGUCUCACUCUCUCUCUCUCUCUCUCUCCAUCGACUGUUUCCUUCCGCUUCGAACUCAUCGACAUGGAGAACGACGCAUUUUGGGGCUCCAACUGGCAUUCCACCGUCGCCAAGCGAGCGACGUCGAUGAGCUCCGCCGCCGCCGGUCAGUCGCUGCCGUGCUUGCUCAACCUCGAUUGGAAGCAGCCGCCGAUGUCCAACGACGCCGAUUUGGAGACGGCGCUCAGUUCACUCGUCUCUUCUCAGUCCUCCCACUUGGCGGCCUCCGACGGCGCCGAGAUGCGUGCGCUAGGCGGGCGUCUGGGAACCAUCUGCAACUCCGGUGAGAUCUCCUUGGUCGCUCAACUUCACAGCGCCCACAGCUCGUGUUACAGCACCCCCUUGAACUCCCCUCCGAAGCCCAACCAUUCCGCCCGGGAUCACCCGGUGCAGGGCAGAGGAGGAUUCCCAGGGCCGGCGAAUCCAUCGCCCGGAGGCCAAUUCAUGCCAUUAUCGGCCGACCCGUGGUUCGCGGAGGGCGCCGCGAGGCUUCCACGCGGCGGAGGGAUGAGUUCUUCCAGCUUCGCAGGGCAGUUAGGGCUCCUCCCGGAGACUCCCGGAAAGCUCUCGAGAGCCUCGAGCGGUAAGUCUCUCACCGGAUCUCGGAUGGGAGCGACGGAAAACGGGAACGAAUCCCAAGUAUUAGGCGCCGCCCUGAUGGAGAUGGAGAUGAGGUCUCGAUUUCGGGCAUCUUUGACGUCGGAGGCAUCCGAGCCCGGAAAUGGCCGGGAGGAAUCAUCGAUCGAGGAGGCAUCGUCCUUGAGAGGCGCCAGCGAUAGCAAUGCCAGGAAAAGGAAAGCCGUCGCCGGAAAAGGAAAGGGAAAGGAAGCGCCUUCACUCUAUUCCGCCACAAAUCCCGCAAAUAUGACAGAGGAGAACUCUGAUGCAAAGAGAUACAAACCAGGUGAAAUUAACGCAGUGGUUAAGAUGGAAACUGAGCAGAAUGGGGAUGUGGGUGGAGAACCUCGCAAAGAAGAUGACGAUAAGGUGCCUGAGCCACCGAAGGACUACAUCCAUGUGAGGGCAAGAAGGGGGCAAGCUACUGAUGCUCACAGCCUAGCUGAAAGGGUGAGAAGAGAGAAGAUCAGCAAGAGGAUGAAGUUCCUGCAAGAUCUUGUUCCUGGUUGCAACAAGGUCACUGGUAAGGCCGUAAUGCUCGACGAAAUCAUAAACUAUGUGCAGUCGUUGCAACGGCAGGUCGAGUUCCUUUCCAUGAAAUUGGCUACACUGAAUCCCCAACUCAACAACAUGGACAAUCUCAUUCUAAAACAAAUGUAUCAAGAACAUGGAACUAUGCUGCAGCCAGUUUAUCCUUCAGAAAUGGCAAGUGCACAAUAUCCAUAUCCUCUUCAGGGCAUUGAAACUUCAGGCCUCGAAUCACAGUUAGUAAAUCCCCCUUCUCGAACCGUGCAACUACCUCCCCUCUAUGGAUUGUCAGAUGCUACCUCUCAGCUUGGUGAUUUUUGCGAAGACGAUUUGCAAAGUGUCGCUCAGAUUGUCUUCCGACACAACCAAGAGACUGCCUUCUCUGCAAGUUUUUCGCGACCAAAUGCAAGCAAAUCAGAUGAAAAUUGAACCCUAACUUCUCUGUGAUUCCAGAAUAAAAGAGAGAGGCCUAUGUAUAUAACCCCAAACAUUUGUUCCACAAGUGCACCAUCAACUUUUAACUCAUGAGUAACGGCCAUUAGGCCGGAGCACAUAAUUCGUUCGUAAAUUUUUGUCUUCUUAUAGUGCAAGAUUGUAACAAUUGAAAGCCGAGGCAGUGGAGGAACUAUGUAUGAUGAUGAUGAUGUAGUUUUAUAUAAAACCUAAAAUUUAGUGUUUUUCAA